AUGCCCCGUCGCGCCGUUGCCCGCUGGAUGGUGCCGCUGGCGGUGCUCGUCUGCCUCUGGGAGUGCGGCGCCGACCGGUACACCGCCAAAACACUGCGGCGCUACAUCAAGGAAGCCAUCGCUGAGGCGCUGCUUGAACACCGCAGUGAGUUCCUGCCGCCGGAGACAGCGCCGACCACCUCACAGUGCGGGUGCCCGAAGCAGUUCAUGCCGUGCGCCGGCCGCUGCUACCGGCGGCUGUCCCCGGCCGUCACGUAUGAACAAGCUGAACAGGCGUGCGCACAGAUCAACUCGCACCUGGCGGUGCCGCGCACUCGUGACGAGAACCUAUGCGCCGCCGGUCUGGCCCGCAACCGGCACAUCUGGCUGGGAAUUACCGAUCAGCUCACCGAGGGAGUGUUUGUCGACACCUUCGGCCGAUCGGUGACGGAAGAACUUACCCAGGUGUGGUCCGCAGGCCAACCAGACAACUACAAUGGUACAGAAGAUUGUGUUGAGAUUUGGCCGGAAAACGCAUUUAAUCUCGGUUCCAAGUUCGCCGAAUGGAAUGACAAACACUGCUCUGAACUGGGAUACCCAAUGUGUCAAUUGGCAUGA